CACCCCAAAUGUAGCUUUAGCAUUUUUCUUUUAAUGGUAAAAUCUAGUUGUUUCUUCUACAAAAUUAGAACCCUACUUCUCUCUCUUUCUUUAUCCCUUUCUCCAUCUUUCUCAUAGUUUCUACUCAAAUGCUUCUCCUCUUCUUGAUACAGAAAAAAAAAAAGUAACUCAAGUAGAGAGAGAGUUCUUGUUUUUUAAAUUUUGAUUUAAAAGUUAUUUUUUAUUUCUUGAUUAAUUAGAUAGCAAUGAGCGACUCUUCUGCUCAGUACAUCCACAUGGUGCAGCACUUGAUAGAAGAGUGUAUAAUAUUCAAAAUGAGCAGAGAAGAAUGCAUGGAAGCACUCUCCAAACAUGCAAAUAUCCAGCCUAUUAUUACUUCCACGGUGUGGAAGGAGUUGGAGAAGGAGAACAAAGAAUUCUUUGAGGCAUACAAUAAAACGAGAGAGGAAAAAUCAUCAAUAUUAUCAGCAGAAUCACAAUUGGAGAAGACAAGACAAAGAAUCCAUAAUAUGUUGUUGGAUUCUUCCUCUAAAGAUUCCAAUGAAAAGUAAAUAGUAGAUUUUUCAGAAAGACUGGCUUCUUCUCUAUCCAGUUGGGGCAAUGAUGUUUGAUGUAAACUUUCAAAACUAGCUCAAUGGUUAGUUUCAUGUACAUUAAUUUACAACUCAAAUGGUUCUAUUUUCUAGGGUGUAAUAAAACAAAGAGAUAGGGUUCAAAGGUAAGGUGGUCCUAGGUUGUCUUAUUCCUACGUAUGAAAUAAAUUUGUUGGGGUGUGUGAUGUUGACUUAGCAAAAAUGUUUGACACGUUAUUGCCAUGUUGUCUUAGUUGGCAUUGCCUUGGUCGUCCACGUGGAUUCGUUAUAUUAGUCCAUGCAUGUUAUCGUCUUUGUAUUAUGGUUCUUGUCAGGGAUAUCUGGAUGUGUUUUGUGGUUUCACUUCA